CCCAGUUAACUCUGAGUUAGACGAGCCACGGUAGGCACCGUGCGCUGGCUCACUGGACACCGUUUACCCCAGCAGACUCCACCUGCACCCUUCCCGGGCUCGGCUCAGGGCAGCUCGGCGGAUGAGAGCCGGGUUGCCACUGAAGAAAGUCGCGACUGCAGCGGGCCGAACAACUUGCGCCGCUCUCCCGGUACCGGGAUGUCCGCUUCUGGUGGAUCUUCGCCGCUUGGCAGUCACAUGAGCUGAAAUGGAGAAUGAUCCUUAACAUGAAUUUCGCGCAAACCGAUGGAGGUUUAGGUGGCAACCGGUCGGCUCUAACCCCCCUUUUGGACGAUGGCAACUUGACAGCCAACAUUUCAAACGGGACCUUCCAAAAUUGCAGUCUUCCGCCCCUUAACGUGACCAGGGGAGCGGUCCUGGGGAUGGUGCUCGGGCUCUUCAUGUUGUUCGCCUUGGUCGGUAACAUUUUAGUCAUCCUCUCCGUAGCUUUCAACCGGCACUUGCAAACAACCACAAACUACUUUAUCAUAAACCUGGCCAUCGCAGACUUACUCUUAAGUACAACAGUGCUGCCCUUUUCCGCCACGUUGGAGAUCGUAGGGCACUGGAUUUUUGGGAGGAUUUUUUGCGAUAUUUGGGCGGCAGUUGAUGUGCUCUGUUGCACUGCCUCCAUUAUGAGUCUGUGUGCCAUCUCUAUAGACCGUUACAUAGGCGUCCGCUACUCCCUGCGCUACCCUUCCAUUGUAACCGAGAAGAAGGCAGUGUUGGUUAUAGUAGGGGUGUGGGUUUUAUCCAUUGUUAUCUCCAUCGGCCCUCUCCUGGGUUGGAAACAGCCCGCUCCGCCCGAUGAGAAGGACUGCCAAAUCACACUAGAACCUGGUUACGCUCUCUUCUCCUCUCUGGGGUCCUUUUACAUACCUUUAACCGUCAUCCUGGUGAUGUACGUUAGGGUCUACAUUGUGGCCAAAAGGACUACCAAGAACCUGGAGGCUGGUGUGAUGAAGGAGACAUCGGACUCCAGAGAGCUGACCCUCCGCAUCCAUUGCAGGAACAUUCAGGACGAAGCCCUUGUCUCCAAGUCCAAAGGGCACCAUCUAAGAAGUUCGCUGUCGGUGCGCCUUCUGAAGUUCUCCAGGGAGAAGAAGGCAGCAAAGACCCUUGGCAUCGUAAUGGGCAUGUUUAUCCUUUGCUGGCUGCCGUUCUUCAUAGCCCUUCCCCUGGGCUCAUUCUUUCCCUCUUUGAAACCAACGGAAACUGUCUUUAAAGUAGUAUUUUGGCUAGGGUACUCAAACAGUUGUGUAAACCCCAUAAUCUACUCUUGCUCCAGUAAAGAAUUCAAAAGAGCUUUUAUCCGAAUCCUGAAGUGUCAGUGUCACCGCAGAAAGCGGCCUGUUUGGCGGGUUUACAAUUACAACUGGAAAAUGAAUUCUCUCGACCAGCAGCGAAAAGACUCAAUGGAUGGUGGCUCCUUUAUUUUCAGUGACAGUGACAGAAGGUUGUCGUUGUGCCAGGGUCACCCUCUCAGUGACAAGAACAAACAGCAGAGCAUAGAAAUGUGCAGCCUUCGAGGCUGGAGGCUGUUCCCAUCUCUUCGCCGCUCUUCCUUGCAGUCCAAUGGACCAAAAGAAAAGUGUGAGUUUCCUGGAAAGACCAUCAAUGGGGAGUAUGGAAUCUGUACGAAUUCAACCAUACCUACAAAGGAAACCAUAACUUUCAAGUGUUUUGCACCAAAUUCUGAGGAAUUUAAAAAGAGUGUUCAUAUUAAAAAGACUCAACAUGUCCCAGAAACAAAUAUUUAAACAAGGACCAAGACUUUCAUUGCAAUGACUUGUGAAAUGCUAUUUUGGUGUAAUGCUAUAAUGUUUACAAAAAUAUAAAUGCACAUAGUAUUAUAAUUGCUAUAUAAAUGUUUUACUCUCAUUUCUGUAUGUGUAAUAAUUUAUUGAUUCAGAUGUAUAUUAAGUUACUAUGAAAAUGUCAUAUCCUCAGGAAGAUGUCUGCUACCUAGAAUGCACAAUUCACACUUCACUAAAAAAAAAUUAUUUGCA